AUCGCGGUUGGAAAAUUCAGAGGGAUUUUGUUUUUAAAGGCCAGGCCGGAAAUGUACGUUUUCAUUACUCGGGCUAGCUUAAUAUCAGGCUGUGUCCACUGGUUUCCUGCUCCAACCCAGACCAUUGCACUGCUAAACUUAACGGAUUCCGUAGGAGAAGCUACCCGGAGCACCACUGACACAUAGAGGAUGACAGACGGAACAAAACAGUUCCGUAACGACUUUUUCUGCCAGUCACUGGCAAAUAGGCAUUCGUCAACUAACUGAGUAACGUUAACGUUAGCUUAAUAUUAUUAGCCAGCCCGACCCAUUUCAGCACCAUUACAGGCUCGGACGGGAUGCCUGCAACGGGACAGAAUUUCCCCGGUGAUUUAAAUCUAGACCUAGGCCACCGCCACGUUAUGCUAGUUUGGUCAAUUUAAUGACAUACUGAAGCAGAAGUGGGAGGCACAAUGGGAUUCCUGCACCAGCUCCAUCUCCUGCUGUGGAAGAACAUCUCACUGAAAAGGAGGGGUCCGUGGGUGCUGGCAUUUGAGAUCUUCAUCCCACUGGUCCUCUUCUUCAUCCUCUUGGGUCUGAGGCAGAAGAAGCCAGCAAUUUCUGUCAAGGAAGUGUCCUUUUACAGUGCAUCCCCACUCACCUCGGCUGGCAUUAUUCCCAUCAUGCAGUCGCUGUGCCCAGAUGGACAAAGAGAUGAAUUUGGUUUCCUUCAGUACAAGAACUCCACUGUGACCCAGCUGCUGGAGCGGAUCAGUGAAGUGGUUGAACAGAACCGCCUCUUCACGUCUGAACGGCCUGGUCUGGGUCAUGAGCUUGAGACCCUGCAGCAGCACCUAGAGAGUCUCAGCUCGACCCCUUUACCCCCGGACUACAACACCGGCUUUACGCUGGCCGGUGUGUUGAAGAACCAGUCGGUUUUCCAGCAGUUCCUGGUUAAGAACCUUUCCCUGUCCAAUUCUACAACCAGCCUGCUGCUCAACAGUCCAGUCAACCUCAGAGAGGUGUACAGUCUUAUCUUUGGUACAUCUUUCAGAGAUGGAGGAAGGACCCAAAGUUGGAUUCAGGGGGCAAAAGGCACCAGAAAAAAACUUGGAGACAGCGUUCUUCAUCUGGAGGGGGCCCUCCUGACUGGAGCCCUGCUGGAGAUCCUCACCUGUGGGGAAGGCAGGGCCAAUAAGCUCAGUAAGAUCCUGUUGGUGCCUGAGAAGCAGGGACCAGUGCUGCAGGCCUAUCGCAAUGCAGUGUGCAGCGGAGGGGAGAGUCAAAGGUCAGAGCGCUUCAGACUGAUGAGCCUUGAGCUGAGAGAACAGAUCAACACACAGAGUGUCACUGAGAAGCUUCACCUGGAACAGCCCAACUCUUUGUUUUCACUCUCUAAGUCUGACGUCUGGGUCCUAUUUAAAGACCUGGCUGAUGUAGAGAGGCUCCUCAAGGAUGUGGACCUGCUCUCUGGCCUGGCUCGCUUGCUGCCCAAAGGAGCCUGUACUGGUCGAACUCCAGCCUUCCACACAAACAAGACCUGGCUCCAUAACACCACCACCUGGGGCCCUAACAUGACUGACAUCCCUGGAGUGAAAGGGGAGGAAGGAGCAGAGCGAGGUGGAAGAGCAGGAGAAGGAAAAGAGAAGGAGGAAGCAGAGAACCCUCACUCUCAGUUUUCAGCAUUUGUACAACUGUGGGCCGGACUGCAGCCGAUUCUCUGUGGGCACAACAGGAUCAUUGAGCCAGAAGCUUUGAAGCAGGGAAAUAUGAGUUCACUGGGAUUCACCAGCAAAGAACAGAGGAAUCUGGGCCUACUGGUUCACUUGAUGACAAAAAAUCCCAAGAUCCUUUACUCCCCCAUUGGAUCCCAGGUUGAUAAAGUCAUUCAGAAGGCAAAUGAGACAUUUGCAUUCGUUGGUAACGUGACGCACUACACCCGGGUGUGGCUCAACAUCUCCGCCCAGCUCAGGGCCUUUGUGGAGGCGGGACGGCUGCACAACCAUCUGGUGUGGUUACAGCAGCUGUCCUCAGAGCUUCAGCAGCACCCUGAGUUGUUGAAUGACUCAGACAGCGAGCUGAUACAGGGCCUGAUGGAGGGAAACUACAGUCUUCCUAACAUCUCCACCUUGCUGGAGCAGCUUGACACCAUUGACAACGCUGCCUGUGGCUGGAUGCGCUUCAUGUCUAAGGUCAGUGUGGAUGUCUUCAAGGGCUUUCCUGACGAGGACAGCAUUGUCAACUACACCCUAAACCAGGCCUACCAGGACAACGUGUCUGUGUUUGCCAGUGUGAUUUUCCAGACUAACAAAGAUGGUUCCCUGCCACCCCACGUUCUUUACAAAAUUAGACAAAACUCCAGCUUUACAGAGAAGACCAAUGAAAUCAGACGAGCCUACUGGCGUCCUGGGCCCAACAUCGGGGGGAAAUUCUACUUCCUCUAUGGUUUUGUUUGGAUCCAAGACAUGAUAGAGAGAGCCAUCAUCAACACGUUUGUGGGCCAUGAUGUGGUGGAGCCUGGUAACUACGUUCAGAUGUUCCCAUACCCAUGUUACACCAGAGACGAUUUUCUGUUUGUGAUUGAGCACAUGAUGCCUCUGUGCAUGGUCAUCUCCUGGGUUUACUCAGUAGCCAUGAUGAUUCAGCACAUCGUUGCUGAGAAGGAGCACCGGCUCAAAGAGGUGAUGAAGAUGAUGGGUCUAAACAAUGCUGUUCACUGGGUGGCUUGGUUUAUCACUGGCUUCGUCCAGCUGUCCAUCUCCGUUACAGCUCUGACGGCCAUCUUGAAGUAUGGUCGGGUGUUACUCCACAGUGACCCCUUCAUUAUCUGGCUCUUCCUCACCAUCUAUGCCGUGGCCACCAUCAUGUUCUGUUUUUUGGUGUCAGUAAUCUACUCUAAGGCCAAGUUGGCUUCGGCCUGUGGAGGAAUCGUCUAUUUCCUAAGCUACGUGCCCUACAUGUAUGUGGCCAUUAGAGAGGAGGUGGCCCAUGAUAAGAUCACUGCCUUUGAGAAGUGCAUCGCUUCUCUGAUGUCAACCACAGCCUUUGGCCUGGGCUCCAAGUAUUUUGCAUUGUAUGAGGUAGCAGGUGUUGGCAUUCAGUGGCGGACCAUCAGCCAGUCACCGGUAGAAGGCGAUGACUUUAACCUGGGUCUAUCCAUGAUGAUGCUCAUCAUUGAUGCCGGUGUGUAUGGUGUGCUCACUUGGUACAUAGAGGCCGUGCAUCCAGGAAUGUAUGGGCUGCCCCGCCCGUGGUACUUCCCCCUGCAGAGGUCCUAUUGGUCAGGAAGUGGGCGUGUCGAGACCUGGGAUUGGCCAUGGUGUGGAGGCGGGGCUGCCAAGCUCAGUGUGAUGGAGGAGGAUCAGGCUUGUGCUAUGGACCAGUGGAGAUCUGAGGAGAUGCGGGGCAUAGAGGAGGAGCCAAGCCACUUGUCGUUGGUGGUCUGUAUAGACAAACUGACCAAGGUGUACAAGACUGGCAACAAACUGGCCCUCAACAAACUAAGCCUCAACCUCCAUGAAAACCAGGUAGUCUCCUUCCUGGGACACAACGGCGCUGGCAAGACCACGACCAUGUCCAUCCUGACAGGCUUGUUCCCGCCCACCUCUGGCUCCGCCACCAUAUAUGGUCAUGACAUCCGCACAGAGAUGGAGCGGAUUCGUCAGAACCUGGGCAUGUGUCCACAGCACAAUGUCCUGUUUGACAAGCUGAGUGUGGAGGAGCACCUGUGGUUUUACUCCAGACUUAAAGGCAUGGCUGAAGAAGACUUACGCAAAGAGAUGGACAAGAUGAUUCUUGACCUGGAAUUAACCCACAAGCGCCACAGCUUGGUGCAGACUCUGUCUGGCGGGAUGAAAAGGAAGCUGUCUGUGGCCAUCGCCUUCAUUGGUGGUUCCAGAGCUGUCAUCCUGGAUGAACCCACAGCAGGGGUGGACCCCUACGCUCGCAGGGCCAUCUGGGACCUUAUCCUCAAAUACAAACAAGGCCGUACAAUAUUGCUGUCCACCCACCAUAUGGAUGAAGCAGACCUUCUGGGAGAUCGCAUUGCUAUCAUCUCCCAUGGAAAACUCAAGUGCUGUGGCUCGCCACUCUUCCUAAAGAGCACCUAUGGAGACGGAUACAAACUGACACUCGUCAAAAAGCAGAGUGAAGGCAGAGGACAGGGUAGCCAGCUGCAGCCUCCUUCGUCUCUGUCUCUAUCUUCCUCUCUGUCACCUUGCUCAGAAGCUCGCGUCACCCAGUUUAUUUGCCAGUUUGUGGCAUCCUGCCUUCUGGUGUCCAAUUCCAACACUGAGCUGUCCUACGUCCUGCCCUCCGAGGCCGUCAAGAAGGGCUGCUUCGAGAGGCUGUUCCAGGCUUUAGAGGAGAGCUUGGACAGCCUGGCCCUAACCAGCUUCGGAGUGAUGGACACUACCCUAGAGGAGGUUUUUCUCAAAGUGUCUGAGGAGGACCAAUCACUGGAGAACAGCGAUUCUGAUGCGGACAUGAAAGUUUCCCUAGAGGGCAGCUUACAGGGGAAAUCCUCAGUGGCUUCAGGAGACCUGGGGGUGCCACAGGGCAAGAGUGAACCUUCAGUAGAGAGUGAGAAGCCGGAAGUGGAGCAGAGUAAUCUGCUGAUGUGCUCCAGGCUGACUCAGAGUCAGUCCUCCCUGAAAUCUUCCCCGUCCAUCGGCUCAGUGAGGGGGGAUGAAGGGGGACUCUACGCCGACUUCUAUGGAGAUUAUUGUCCGCUCUUUGACAAUAGCCAAGAGUCUGACUCUGCCAGCAUGAGGGUGGAUGCAGAGAACCCCUCAUCCCCAGAGCCAGAGGUAUUGGAAGGGCAGGGCAGCUUCAAGUUGGAGGGUUGGUGGUUAAAGCUAGGUCAGUUUCAUGGCCUCAUCAUCAAGAGGUUUCACUGUGCCAAGAGGAACACUAAAGGCCUCUUCUCCCAGAUCCUCCUGCCUGCCUUCUUCGUCUGUGUGGCUAUGACUGUGGCCUUAUCUGUGCCCGAGAUUGGAGAUUUGCCACCUCUGAUCUUGUCCCCAUCUCAGUAUCAUAACUAUACCCAACCUAGAGGCAACUUCAUUCCCUAUGCCAAUGAAGACAGACCCCAGUACAGGAGCAAGCUGUCACCAGAUGCCAAUGCACAAAAGAUCAUCAACACCCUCCGUCUGCCCUCGGGUGUGGGUGCUACCUGUGUCCUUAAAACCCCCUUCAACAGCACCCUAGACCAACUGGCACAGACCCUUAACCCCAGCGCCAACAACUCCAAGACCCUGGCUGCCCGCUACUUUGACUCCAUGUGUCUGGACUCCUUCACUCAGGGGGUCCCCCUCUCGAACUUUGUACCCCCACCUCCUUCACCGGCACCUUCAGAUGACCCAGAUCCUCGCUUUGAGGAUGGACUGUGGAACUUCACUGUCGCCCCUCCAACAACAGUUAAUGAGCCUGUAACGUCUUCUCCAACCCUCCCUCGGUCAAUCCAUGAGCCGGUGCGCUGUACCUGCUCCAUGCAGGGGACAGGCUUCUCCUGCCCCAGUGGGGUGGGAGGACGGACCCCACUCAUGAAGGUGGUGACAGGUGACAUCGUGGUGGACAUCACAGGCAGAAAUGUUUCUGAGUACCUGCUUUUCACAUCAGACAGGCUGCGCCUGCACAGAUAUGGUGGUUUAACAGUGGGGAACAUCCAGAAAUCAAUCCCACCAUCCUUUGGGAGAAAAAUACCUACAAUGGUUCGCAAGAUUGCAGUUCGUAGAUCAGCUCAGGUUCUGUACAACAACAAAGGUUACCACAGCAUGCCGACUUAUCUGAAUGUCCUCAACAAUGCCAUCCUGCGUGCCAACCUGCCUGCAUCCAAGGGCAACCCCGCUGCCUAUGGUUUCACAGUGACAAACCACCCAAUGAAUCGAACCAGUGCCAGCCUCUCUUUGGACUACCUGCUCCAGGGAACAGACGUGGUGAUUGCCAUCUUCAUUAUUGUAGCUAUGUCCUUCGUGCCAGCAAGCUUUGUGGUUUUCUUGGUUGCAGAGAAAUCAACGAAGGCCAAACACCUACAGUUUGUCAGCGGAUGUGACCCUAUCAUCUACUGGUUGUCAAAUUACAUAUGGGACAUGCUGAACUACCUGGUACCUGCCACAUGCUGUGUUAUCAUUCUGUUUGUGUUUGACCUGCCGGCCUACACCUCCCCAACUAACUUCCCUGCUGUCCUCUCACUCUUUCUUCUCUACGGGUGGUCCAUCACUCCCAUCAUGUACCCAGCAUCCUUCUGGUUUGAAGUGCCCAGUACAGCCUACGUGUUCCUCAUAGUCAUCAACCUCUUCAUAGGCAUCACUGCAACUGUUGCUACUUUCCUACUCCAGCUCUUUGAACAUGAUAAGGAUCUGAAAAAAGUCAACAGUUACCUGAAGUCCUGUUUCCUUAUCUUCCCCAACUACAACCUGGGCCAUGGCCUGAUGGAGAUGGCCUACAAUGAGUACAUCAACGAAUACUACGCUAAAAUAGGUCAGUUUGACAAGAUGAAGUCUCCAUUUGAGUGGGACAUUGUGACCCGAGGACUAGUUGCCAUGACAAUAGAAGGCUUUGUUGGCUUUGUCAUUACCAUCCUGUGCCAGUACAACUUCCUUAGGAAACCUACGAGGGUGCCAGUCAGCUGCCAGCCUAUAGACGAUGAUGAUGUAGACGUGGCUUGUGAAAGACGAAGAGUGUUGCAAGGAGACGCUGACAACGACAUGCUGAAGAUCGAGAACCUGACAAAGGUGUAUAAAUCCAGAAAGAUGGGUCAUAUCCUGGCAGUGGACCGACUGUGUCUGGGUGUCCGGCCUGGUGAGUGUUUUGGACUGCUAGGAGUAAAUGGAGCCGGAAAGACUACCACCUUCAAGAUGCUAACUGGAGAUGAGUGCACCACUGGAGGAGAGGCCUUCAUCGAUGCAAACAG